AUGGGUGAAUAUAUCGCACGGCCUCUCGUGUCUGAGAGGAGGCUUCACAGCCAGCAGGCUGCCGCUGGUGGGCAGGUGCGCAUGGAGGUUCUGCGCCUCCUGUGCGUGCCUGCUAGAGAACUAGCUCAGCAUGGACGAGAGCAUGACACGUCAGAGAGGAGGGAAGUGUUGCCAGGAUUCUUCUUAGAAGGCUGGCAAGAAGAGGAGGCGAAAAGGGAAGAGCUGUUUGUAAACAGGGAAAGGCGACGACUUCGCCUCGUAUCCUUGACUUCUCAUCGGGAGGAGGAUGAGGUCAGGGAAGACUUUCUUGCCCACACUGACUUGACCAGCGAUGCCAGCGCCAGAGUGAAAAAUGCCCCCUCCUAUGACAGCCUGCGCUCAGAGGCUGAUGCUGAAAUAGUCCUGCCAAAGGCAGCCAAUCCCUGUGCUUGGGCGCUAUUUAAAGGAAAGUUCCGAGAAGGCAUCGACAAGCCGGACCCUCCUACCUGGAAGACUCGCUUACGAUGUGCUCUGAACAAGAGCAAUGACUUCGAGGAACUGGUUGAGCGGAGCCAGCUGGACAUCUCGGACCCGUACAAAGUGUACAGGAUUGUUCCUGAGGGAGCCAAAAAAGGAGCCAAGCAGCUCACCCUGGAGGACCCGCAGAUGUCCAUGAGCCACCCCUACACCAUGACAACGCCUUACCCCUCGCUCCCAGCCCAGCAGGUUCACAACUACGUGAUGCCACCCCUUGACCGAAGCUGGAGGGACUAUGUCCCAGAUCAGCCGCACCCGGAAAUCCCGUACCAAUGUCCCGUAACGUUCGGACCCCGCGGCCACCACUGGCAAGGCCCAGCUUGUGAAAAUGGUUGCCAGGUGACAGGAACCUUUUAUGCUUGUGCCCCACCUGAGUCCCAGGCUCCCGGAAUCCCCACAGAGCCAAGCAUAAGGUCUGCCGAAGCCUUGGCGCUCUCAGACUGUCGGCUGCACAUCUGCCUGUACUACCGGGAAAUCCUCGUGAAGGAGCUGACCACGUCCAGCCCCGAGGGCUGCCGGAUCUCCCAUGGACAUACCUACGACGCCAGCAACCUGGACCAGGUCCUGUUCCCCUACCCAGAGGACAAUGGCCAGAGGAAGAACAUUGAGAAGCUGCUGGGCCACCUGGAGAGGGGCGUGGUCCUCUGGAUGGCCCCCGACGGGCUCUACGCGAAAAGACUCUGCCAGAGCCGGAUCUACUGGGACGGGCCCCUGGCGCUGUGCAGCGACCGGCCCAACAAGCUGGAGAGAGACCAGACCUGCAAGCUCUUUGACACGCAGCAGUUUUUGUCAGGUGAGGCACUUCAUUCUGUUAGAACGGAGGUGGUGAUGGCCCACCUGCCACAGGGGUCAGAAACGACAGGGUCCCUCUCACCCCAGGCUGAGGUCUUCCUCCUGUUGACGCCGGAGCCCACCGGGCUUGGGGCUUGGCCCCAGUAGAGAUCUUCUGUCUGGCUCCGUUGAGGGCAGAGAGUCCGGAUCAGAUGGUCCAGGUGGACAGUGGCUCAGGCUGUACUCUUGCAAUUCUGGUUUUCAACAGUCACCUCUUAACACAGUUCUGUUUUAUUGCACUGUGAUCUCAACAAACACGUCUGCUGAUGUGACGGCUCUUUUCAGAUUCCCAGAAAAAUCAUAAAGGUUAGAAGCAUAUUGUUAACAUUCUUGGUUGUGAGAGGGGUCACCCUCAUGCAGAUGCCACCCCACGAGUGAGACGGAGGGUGGAGCGGACCGUACUGGUUCUGCACAGGAGAAGUUACAGGAGAGUGCUAUGAGUGGGCUCUGUGAUAUGAACGUUUCUAAGCAUAGUUUUCAGAACCAGUGAGUUUUGUUUCUCUCCCUUGGAUUUCAUGACCAUUCAGUGAAGCUCUGGCUGGCUUCUGUGAAGCCCCUGGCCCUGUCCUGCUGGGCUUCCUCCCAGGCUUCGUGUGGCCGUCCAGGUGGAGGGAGCCUCCCACGAGGGAGGGAGCUGCUCUACCUGCCACCCCACCGCCAACUCUUCCUCCGCCUUUUCCCAGCCCUGUUCCUUCUCGAGCCCCUUCAGAAACUCCUGUGUCUUUGGUUUUUCCUGUGCCUCCCCUUUUCUUGAAUGUGCUUCUUCAUUCCACUUAUUUAAAAUAAAAACAGGAC